UACCGUGUUAUACGGGGGAUGGUACCAAUUCUCGAACCGUGUUAGAGCGAAUCCGUGCUAUAGAAGUGCCGUGUUAUACGGGGGUUACCUGUACCUUUUUUUCGGCUUCUACGUAUAGGUGGAACAUUUUAGAAAAAAGUUUUGCCGCAAAUAAUAAACAUUUUACAGUAAAAAAGUUAUGUACUACGAGAUGGUCUUGUAGAGCUGAUGCAGUUAAGGCAAUUCGCUUUGGGUUUGACCAAAUAAAAAGUGCUCUUCUUGAAAUAUCUUCAGACGAAUCUCAGAAAUGUUCUGUUAAAGAAGAAUCACGAAAAAUAGCAAACAAAAUGAAUACUUUAGAAUUCAUUUUGUUAACAGUUAUUUGGGAUAAAAUUCUUUCCAGAAUAAAUGCAAGCAGUCAAUCCUUACAAAAUCCUACUUUGCCACUCUCGUUUGCAGUAAAUAUUUUUGACAAUUUAUAUGAUUACGUUAAUAGUUUAAGAAGUUCAUUUCUGGAAAUAGAAGCAGAGGCAUUAAGCACGUCAGAAAUAAAAGUGUAUUGUGAUUUUAAAAAAAGGUCCCAAAAAAGAAAACGUUUUUUUGAUGAUGCUUAUAAUGAUGAGGAAAAUCUAAGUUUUUGUCAGGGCCAAGAAAUGUUUAAGCGAAAUUGUUUCUACGUAAUUUGUGAUAAAAUCUCUUUUGAAUUAAAAGUUAGAAGCAAAAGUUACAAAGAUAUUGAUGAAAUUUUUAAAAUUUUUCAUACAAACAUAGCUGAUGGCGACGACGAAGACAUAUCAAUUAAUACCGCAUUGUUAAAAAAAUGGUACAGUGGCGACAUUGAUACCGAAGAAUUGGACGAGGAAUUGUUGCAAUUUAAGUUAAUUUGUAAAAGCCAAAAUUUAACGUUGCCAUCUGAUAUGCUGCAAUUUAUAAAGAGCACAAAAAUAGUAUCAACAUUUCCAAAUACAGAAAUAUUAUUGCGAAUAUAUUUAACUUUGCCUAUAUCGAAUGCAUCUGGUGAAAGAUCAUUCUCAGUAUUAAAACGUGUAAAAAAUUAUUUACGAAACUCACUGAGUGAAUCAAAAUUAAAUUCUUUAGCUGUUUUAUACAUCGAACAAAAUGCUUUGGAUAAUAUUAAUUAUGAUGAAAUAAUUGAUAAUUUUGCUGAAUUAAAGACUAGAAAACAGAAUUUUUAAAUAAAGU